GGACGGGGCGGGCCGCCAGCCCUGCGAGUCCGGAAGCGGGUGGUUCUUCGGCUCCAGUCGAGCGGACCGGCGUGGCUGCCGGAGCUGCAGCAUCCGCGUCCGCGCCGCCAGUAGCAGCGCCACCCCAGCUCUCGGCCGCCCGGCUGGCAAGAUGUUGCCGGUGUACCCGGAGGCGAAAAAGCCCAAUCCGCUGCAGGGCGCGAACCUCUGCUCGCGCGUGUUUUUCUGGUGGCUCAACCCCUUGUUUAAAAUUGGUCACAAACGGAGAUUAGAAGAAGAUGACAUGUAUUCAGUGCUUCCAGAAGAUCGCUCAAAGCACCUUGGAGAAGAGCUGCAAAGGUACUGGGAUAAAGAAGUUUUGAGAGCUGAGAAUGACACCCAGAAGCCCUCUUUAGCAAAAGCAAUCAUCAAGUGUUACUGGAAAUCCUAUUUAGUUUUGGGAAUUUUUACGUUAAUCGAGGAAGGCGCCAAAGUAAUCCAGCCUAUAUUUUUGGGGAAAAUUAUAAAUUAUUUUGAAAACGACGCCACUGACUCUGUGGCCCUGCACACAGCCUACGCCAACGCCGCGGUGCUGAGCUCCUGCACACUCGUUUUGGCCAUUCUGCAUCACCUGUACUUUUAUCACGUUCAGUGUGCGGGCAUGAGGCUAAGGGUAGCCAUGUGCCAUAUGAUUUACCGGAAGGCACUUCGCCUGAGUAACGUGGCCAUGAGCAAGACCACCACAGGCCAGAUCGUCAACCUGCUGUCCAAUGACGUGAACAAGUUUGAUCAGGUAACGAUAUUCUUGCACUUUCUGUGGGCAGGCCCACUGCAGGCCAUCGCGGUCACGGCCCUGCUGUGGAUGGAAAUCGGAAUCUCCUGUCUUGCCGGAAUGGCAGUUCUGAUUAUUCUUCUGCCUUUGCAAAGCUGCAUUGGAAAGUUUUUCUCCUCCUUCCGGAGCAAGGCCGCCACUUUCACAGAUGCCAGGAUCAGAACCAUGAAUGAAGUUAUAACCGGCAUCAGAAUAAUAAAAAUGUAUGCCUGGGAAAAGUCGUUUGCAGAACUUAUUACCAACUUGAGGAGGAAGGAAAUUUCCAAGAUUCUGAAGAGUUCCUAUCUUAGAGGAAUGAAUUUGGCAUCAUUUUUCGUUUCAAGCAAGAUCAUCAUUUUUAUGACCUUCAGCAUCUACGUGCUCCUUGGCAACGUGAUCACAGCCAGCCGUGUGUUCGUGGCGGUGACACUCUACGGGGCUGUGCGGUUGACCGUCACGCUCUUCUUCCCCACAGCCAUCGAGAAGGUGUCAGAGGCCAUUGUCAGCAUCCGAAGAAUCCAGGACUUUCUGUUGCUUGAUGAGAUAAACCAGCACGACCCUCAGCUGCCAUCAGAUGGUAAAGCGAUAGUACAUGUGCAAGAUUUUACUGCUUUUUGGGAUAAGGUAUCAGAAACCCCAACCCUGCAAGACCUUUCCUUCACUGUCCGACCUGGCGAGCUGUUAGCUGUGGUUGGACCUGUAGGAGCGGGAAAGUCAUCACUGUUGAGUGCUGUGCUGGGGGAGCUGUCCCCGAGCCAGGGGCUGGUCACUGUGCAUGGAAGGAUCGCCUAUGUGUCUCAGCAGCCCUGGGUGUUUUCGGGAACUGUGAGGAGUAAUAUUUUAUUUGGAAAGAAAUAUGAAAAGGAACGAUAUGAACAAGUGAUAAAGGCGUGCGCUUUGAAAAAGGAUUUGCAGCUUUUGGAGGAUGGAGAUCUAACUGUGAUAGGAGAUCGGGGAACCACGCUGAGUGGAGGGCAGAAAGCCCGGGUUAACCUCGCCAGGGCGGUGUAUCAGGAUGCAGACAUCUACCUCCUAGAUGACCCCCUCAGCGCGGUGGAUGCAGAAGUUGGCAAGCACUUGUUCCAGCUGUGUAUUUGUCAAACCUUGCACGAGAAGAUCACAAUUUUGGUGACUCAUCAGUUGCAGUACCUAAAAGCUGCAAGUCAGAUUCUGAUAUUGAAAGAUGGUAAAAUGGUGCAAAAGGGGACUUACACCGAGUUCCUGAAAUCCAGGGUAGAUUUCGGUGCCCUUUUAAAGAAGGAAAAUGAGGAGGCCGAACAAGCCUCCAUCCUGGGAAGCCCCGGAGUGCGGCAUCGGACCUUCUCAGAGUCCUCGGUUUGGUCCCAACAGUCUUCUAGACACUCGCUGAAAGACGGUGGCCCCGAGAGCCAAGCUGUUGAGAGUAUACAGGUUACACUCCCUGAAGAGAGCCGUUCUGAAGGAAAAAUUGGUCUCAAGGCCUAUAGGAACUACUUCACAGCCGGAGCUAACUGGUUUAUCAUCAUUGUCCUGGUUCUAGUAAACAUCAUGGCUCAGGUGUUCUGUGUUCUUCAGGACUGGUGGCUUUCCUACUGGGCAAAUAAACAGAGAGUCCUGAACGUCACUGUAAAUGGAAAAGGAAAUGAAACUGAAAGGCUCGAUCUUAACUGGUACUUGGGAAUUUAUUCAGGUUUAACUGGAGCAACUGUCAUUUUUGGCAUCGUGAGAUCUCUGUGGGUAUUCUACGUCCUUGUUAACGCCUCACAAACUUUGCACAACAAAAUGUUUGAGUCCAUUUUGAAAGCUCCAGUAUUGUUCUUCGAUAGAAAUCCAAUAGGGAGGAUUUUAAAUCGUUUCUCCAAAGACAUUGGACACAUGGAUGACAUGCUGCCCCUGACAUACCUAGAUUUCACCCAGACAUUUCUACAAGUGAUUGGUGUGAUAGGUGUAGCGGUGGCGGUGAUUCCUUGGAUCGCGAUACCGCUGGUGGCCCUUGGCAUCAUUUUCUUCAUUCUUCGGAGCUAUUUCUUAGAAACAUCAAGAGACGUCAAACGCCUGGAAUCGACGACGCGGAGCCCGGUGUUUUCGCACUUAUCGUCUUCUCUCCAGGGACUCUGGACCAUCCGGGCCUACAAAACUGAAGAGCGCUUUCAGGAGCUGUUUGACGCCCACCAGGAUUUGCAUUCAGAAGCUUGGUUCUUGUUUUUGACCACAUCCCGAUGGUUCGCCGUGCGUCUGGAUGCAAUCUGCGCCAUCUUUGUCACUGUUGUUACCUUUGGGUCCCUGCUUCUGGCAAAAACUUUGGAUGCUGGGCAGGUUGGCCUGACACUGUCCUACGCCCUCACGCUGAUGGGGAUGUUCCAGUGGUGCGUCAGGCAAAGCGCCGAAGUUGAGAAUAUGAUGAUUUCGGUAGAGAGGGUGAUGGAGUAUACAGACCUUGAGAAGGAAGCGCCGUGGGAAUACCCGAAACGCCCACCGCCGACCUGGCCCCAUGAAGGAGUGAUUGUCUUUGACAAUGUUAACUUCACGUACAGUUUAGACGGGCCUCUGGUAUUGAAACACCUGACAGCACUCAUUAAAUCAAGAGAAAAGGUUGGCAUUGUGGGAAGAACAGGAGCUGGAAAAAGUUCCCUCAUCUCAGCCCUUUUUAGGUUGUCAGAACCCGAAGGUAAAAUUUGGAUUGAUAAAAUCUUGACAACUGAAAUUGGACUUCAUGAUUUAAGGAAGAAAAUGUCAAUCAUACCUCAGGAACCUGUUUUAUUCACCGGAACAAUGAGGAAAAAUCUGGAUCCCUUUAAUGAGCAUACAGAUGAGGAACUGUGGAAUGCCUUACAAGAGGUACAACUUAAGGAAACCAUCGAAGAGCUUCCUGGCAAAAUGGAUACGGAAUUAGCAGAAUCCGGGUCGAACUUCAGUGUUGGACAGAGACAGCUGGUGUGCCUCGCCAGAGCUCUCCUCAGGAAAAAUCGGAUAUUGAUCAUUGACGAAGCGACAGCAAAUGUGGAUCUAAGAACUGAUGAGUUAAUACAGAAAAAGAUCCGUGAGAAAUUUGCCCAGUGCACCGUGCUGACCAUCGCGCACAGGCUGAACACCAUUAUCGACAGUGACAAGAUUAUGGUUUUGGAUUCAGGAAGACUGAAGGAAUAUGAUGAGCCCUAUGUUUUGCUGCAGAAUAAAGAGAGCCUCUUUUACAAGAUGGUACAACAACUGGGCAAGGCAGAAGCUGCUGCCCUCACCGAAACAGCCAAACAGGUGUACUUCAAAAGGAAUUAUCCAGAUAUUACCCAGAAUGGCCCUGUGGUGACAACCACGUCUAAUGUACAGCCUGCGGCCUUCACUAUUUUUGAGACAGCCCUGUGAUUCCACUGCAACGUCAGGCCUAUUCUGAAGUCAUUUUUCCAGUAGCUUUUGCACUGUCUGAACGACACCAUACUUUUUUUAACACGAGCACCAAAUAUCGACACAUACAAGAUGUUAGUUUAUUUGCAUUUUUCCUCCAACUUCACCCAAUGAUUUUAAGCUCUAACAAAGUUACUUAUUAUUUAUAUUUAUAUGUUAUAGUAUUUUUUUUUUUCUUAUCCAAAUCAAAAGUGCAGGCCACCAAUAAAAGCUGUCUACCAGGUUUUGUGCCUUAAGAGACUCGGAGCCAAAGCUCAUUUUGUGAGCUAUGAGACGAAGUUGUAAGAGAUUUUUUUUUUUUUACUACCCCCCAGUUCUAUCAGGGAUUCUAUUUACUUGAAAAACUGUCUGAAGUCACCCUGUUGUCUUACCACUUUCCUUACACACCUAGGAUCCGUUAUUUCCCCUCACAGGCCUCUGGUGCAAAUAGCACAGAUGAAACUAGUCGGAAAACCAGAAAAUACACUUCAGUAUACGUGGCAUUAUAAUAGGGAACGUCUGCUCCCCCACCCCACCCCCCAGACAAGCUGCUAUAUAUAGUUAACAUACAGAAAGGCAAUAUUUAAUUAUAUGUUCCAAAAGAAAAGGAAGAGAAAAGUAAUGCUUUCUCAAAAUAGAAGCCGUGAGAGAUGAUUCGAUAACGAAGGACACAAGUGUGGCCAUUGAUCAUCUUUAAAUUUCUACGACUUUGACACGGGCACUGUUGUGGUUUUAGACUCAGCACGGUGAUGUCAAGAAAAGCCGAACUGCUAACAGUAAUUCCUGAAUAGGUAGUAGUGCUCUUAUUCAGGGUUCUGGUUCACUGCUGGCUAGCCUUCGGUUGACUAUAAACCUUUUGCUGUAGCCUUUAUUGAACUUCCCUCUAAAUUGCAUGCACAGGCUGUCCUGUGAUGGUGCACAAAAAUGGAAAUCAUUGUGGACUUUGUGAUUACACAGUGUGGUCUCAUGGUGCAUCCAGAAGGUUCACGUGUAUGAGCCUACCCAGGUUAGUGUACUUUUGACCACAAAUAGCAGUUUGUUUAGGUCUUUCUGAUGAGUAAAUGAACAAACCACACUACAUCCCAGAGCCUGCUAUACUUUCUUUGAAUGUGGGUCUUUAGUUUUUCUUGGUGGUGAUGGCUAUGGUACGUUGAGGUCAAGUUGCUAAAUGUUCUACAGUCUUGGUUUUAAGCGGACUCUUAUAACCUCUCAGACUAAGGGACAGCCACCCUCAAGUUGCAUAUAUUAACCUAUAUGCCUUCAUAGAGCAGGGUUUCGGACUGUUCACCAGGAACAAAUGUUUUGUAAAAUCAAGCCUUAAAACAUGCACACACAGCCAACUACCAAAAUAAGUUGAGUGCAGUAGCUGUUGAACAUUUUAUAUCUAGAAGUGUCAUAGUUAAUGUCUAGUCCAGUGAACCAGUCAGUUGUUUAAUAGUCAAGGUUAGUACUUCCCGAAACUGAAAUGACAACAAUGGUAAUAGUGAGGUUUGUUAAAACAAUGGGAAUAUUGGAAAUGUAUGUGUAUUUAGUUUGUCUUUAGAGGUUAAAGACAGUUUAAAAAUGUGUCUUUUAUUUCUGUGUUACUGUUGUCAUGGAGUUUUUAAUGAAACAAAAUUCAGUUGAAAUAAAUGACAUUGCUUA